AUGACCCGGAGCAAAGACCGUCAUGUUGGCAUCAAAUGGGUCUUGGCUGAAAGCAGAGAAUACCCGAAACAGAUUUGCCUGUGUUUCAUUGGCAGUGCAAAGAAGUUCUCGGCCUCGGGCCCCGAUCGGGACCCCCACCGGCUCAACUCGCAUCUCCAGCUGGGCUUCCAGGAUGUGAUCGCUGAGCCCGAGACUACACACUCCUUUGACAAAGUGUGGAUCUGCAGCCAUGCUCUCUUUGAGAUCAGCAAGUACGUGCUCUACAAGUUCCUGACCUUCUUCCUGGCCAUCCCCCUAGCCUUCGCUGCAGGGAUUCUCUUCGCCAUCCUCAGCUGUCUGCACAUCUGGAUUAUAAUGCCUUUUGUAAAGACCUGCCUAAUGGUCUUGCCUUCAGUGCAGACAAUAUGGAAGAGCGUGACAGAUGUUGUCAUUGCACCAUUGUGCACAAGCGUGGGACGCAGCUUCUCUUCUGUCAGCCUGCAGCUGAGCCAGGACUGAGGACGUGGACCCCAGUCUGGAGUUGGAAACUGUUAAUACGUCUUUGUUGUAAUAACACAGAAGCACUCCUGUUAUGUUCACUUCCCAACUGUCUAAUUAAGGAAACCAUUAAGAGGGGCAACAGCAUGUAGAAAGGUUUAUUGGCAAAUCCUCUCCAAUAAUGCUCUUCAAAUUAAUAGACAAGAAUUUCCUCCCUAACUGUAGAGCCAGAAUCAUCCAGUAGGUUGGCAACGCUCUGAUGUUAAAGGCAGACCAUUCUUGCUCUCAUGCAAAUGUAUCAUUUUUUGUGGUGGUAAUUUUAUAGUGAUCAAGGGACAUUUCUCUUCAGGCACAAUUAUUUUCUGCACAAUUGCUAAUAAAAACAUGAGACCUUUCUUUUUUCUCUUUUAACUCGCUGAGUAGAACUUUUUAAAUUACAUUUUCAGAUAGUCUUAUAACAGCGAGAGCGAGAAUAUCGUAAUAUCCUAGGAUCACAGUCACAGCAGCAUUGUAGGGUGGUGAGGGCUAUCAAAUGGGAUAAAACAAAUAAGUGAGGAAAUAGAUCCCUGAACAUGGGUCCUUUAACUAAGGUGUUGUUAACCUACAGGCCUAUUUAACAAGGUUUUUGUCUUACUGUAUAUUUUGUAUUUAAUGUAAAUGUUGCUCUAAUCAGAUUGCUCUAAAGCACUUUUAUUAUAUGUCAUAUCUUGUUGAAAUAAUAUAUAGAACAAGCAAAUCUAUCUCCCUCAAGGAGCUUCACUGGUGAAAUUGCACUGUCUUGAUUAUGUCAGCAUAGAUACCUUAUUUGGGAAGAGAAUGUAAAGGUCAAUACCCAAUGAUCUGCGGCAUAACUUUACCUGAAUGCGUUUAAAAAUCCUGGAGCAUUUUAGAACUAAUGUGCAUCCAGUCAUAAUCUGAAAAUAACCCACACCUGAUUGGUAUUUUGCCAUUGAAGCGCUGCUUUCUCUCGUCAUUAGAAAUGAAACCUGUGUUUUUGCAUUCCUGUUAAUGUUUCACUUUACCGUCAAGUGAUUUUGGUGCUGUCUAAUAACAUUUAACAAAAAAGGCUCUUUCUAGCACUUAGUACAAUUGUAAGCUACAAGAAGAGACGACUAAAUCCACACUACUGAGCUACAUCCACAAAUUAAAAACUAACAACCACAGACUUUAAUAUGUUGUCUGAUAGGAGUUUUGUGACACGGCGUAAAGUUAUUUCUAUCACUUUUGAAUGGCAGAGUUCUGUUUCUGUGUUACAAGUCAUUGUUGUUUUUAAAAGGCCCAUGAUUAUGAAAUGACAGGCAACUACCAAAAAUGUCUUUGAGGCAUGUGUUUUUGAAACAAGUUUUCGAUAAUGUAACCAUCUUGAAUGUGUGUACUUCGUAAAUGCUCAAAUUUCUGAAUCUGAAUUCACAUUCCUUUGGAGAUCUUUAUUAGUAAGAAAGCUUCAUCCAAUGAAAACCAGUUUGAUUUUUCAAAAGAUCCCUGAGUGGUCAAUAUAAAAGUUUAAUGAACUGGAAUACUCUUAGGGACCAAGCGGCAAAUGGCUAAAUUAGGAAACUCUGCUUUUGAAAGUAGUUAUAAAAGAGACCUAUGAAACUGCUUUAGACCACUGUGGCCUCUUCAGAAAGACUCACAAGGUCGUUCAUGGCCUACUUACUGCUGGAGCAAUGCCUCUCAUUUCGUUCGUUACAUAGGUUCUGUUAGGUGAACUCAAAAAGUCAACCAGUCUCAUGAUUUUAUAGCACACCUUGUAUUUAAAAUGGUUUGUGAAAGGUUUGGAUGUGGUGAUUGGCCAAAAGUAUUUGAUGAAUCCAAUAGUUACUGUAAUAAAUCAUGACGCUCU